GGCGGCGGCGGCGGCAGCGGGGCUGGCCCCGGGAGGGCUGAGGGCGGGCGGGCCCUGCAUGGACGCAGCGGAGCCUCGGCGGGGCUUCCUCCUGCCGCGGCCGCCGCCGCCGAGCGCGCGGGUGUCCCCCGAGGCCGCCCCGGGCCCCCGUCGCUACCGACCCCUCGGGGAGCUCUCCGGGCCGCUGCGGUGGUGACGCUUUCUGGGGUGACAAAGGCGUGGCCCGGGCCCUCGCCCUCGGCCACCACGACGGCUUCUGCGUGCUUGUUCCAGUGUUUCUUUUGUCAGCGAGUCCCCCAGAGCUGCCACUCGGUGCCUACCAGCCCCGAGCCGCGCGAGGGGUCCCCGGCAGAGAUGGUGAAGAUGACCAAGGCCAAAACUUUCCAGGCUUACCUGCCUCACUGUCACCGGACCUACAGCUGCAUCCACUGCAGAGCGCACCUCGCCAACCACGAUGAGCUGAUCUCCAAGUCUUUUCAGGGAAGCCAGGGACGAGCCUACCUCUUUAAUUCUGUGGUAAAUGUGGGCUGCGGCCCCGCCGAGGAGAGGGUCCUCCUGACCGGCUUACAUGCCGUGGCGGAUAUCUACUGUGAGAACUGUAAAACCACUCUGGGUUGGAAGUAUGAACAUGCCUUUGAGAGCAGUCAGAAGUACAAGGAGGGCAAGUUCAUCAUCGAGCUGGCGCACAUGAUCAAAGACAACGGCUGGGAGUGAGCGCAGGACGGGUGGCGGGAGCCUCCUGCUCGCGGCCCAUGCCGGGCAAAGGAGUCAUGGCGCCCGAUGGCCGGGCCCAGGUUUGCUAUGGACAAAGGCAGACUUGCAGCCCUCACCCACUGUUUCCAAUGGAUUUUGGAGAGCCUCUCUGGUCAAAUGAACUCAAUGGGGAUCCGCCCUCCCGUCGGCUUCUUGGCGUGAGCUUGGGCUGUUCGAGUUUGUCCCUAAGAAGGCUCAGCUCUGAACAGCCACCAGCAUCGGCCACCGGGGGGGGGCCGAGGGGGCCGGCCACGCUCCCGCCCCUCCCGCCUUCCAGGUGGGGCGCCACCCACUCUUCGUUCUGUUCUGGUUUUUUAUCUUUCCCCCCAAAAUCCUGAGGAUAUUGGUUGUAUUUACGUAGGCUAUUAACAAGGAAAUAGAUUGAAUGGAAGCGUAUGCCUCGUUCCAAGAGUUGUGAGAAGCCCCUGCCCGUUGAACCCGGGGGCACCUCCAGGCCAGAACCUGCCAGGCCAGUCGAGCCCCUGUCUUUUUGGGUCUGAUUGUAUGUAAGGGGACAGCCGGCGGCGUCACUUGUUCCCUGGCUGGCUCCCUCUAGUGGCAAGAGUUUCAUGCACUGGAAAAAGCAAAGGGAAACACAAGACAAAGCAGAAUUCUGCAUUCGUAUUUUACUCUUGAUGUACUUGAAAAAAGAUGAUUAUUUUUACAUAGGAAAGGCCGAGACUAGAUAGGAAACCCUUUAUAAAUAAGUACUUGAGAAGCGUUCAUUUUAAUUUUCUUCAGAAGUUUAAAUUACAAGAUAGUUUUAAGAUUUUUAAAUAAAAAGGGUGUUUGAUUUGCUGGAUAAAUCAUCCCCUGAAGCAUUUUUCUAAUAAAAUUAAUAUGAAAUCACCCUCUUCCUCCUCCUCCUGUUCUCCCCAGUUGCCUUGAAACUGGAUUGAUGAUGUAAACAGGCACAUUUUUCAAGGCCCACAAAGGCUGGGCACAGCUUCGCAGUUCUGGGUGCAAAUUCUCCCAAGGAACAAGCGUACCAUCUGCCGGCUCCCGUGUCCAUCCUCAAGAUGCCCAUCCCUCCCCAAGGGCCGGAGACGCCCCCAUUUGUUCUCUUGGUCACUGGCAGUUUUCUGGAUGGAGCCGCUGCUGCAGCUGCGCUCGUCUGGGCUCCAGCAAUCCACCCUGCCUUUAGCGCUGAGCUGAUGGGACGCCAGCAAAGGGAGCAGUCUCCGAGAGUUGGGAGCCCUCUGUGCAAGUCGGGGGAGGGGAAGAGCGGUUCAGACACCUUAGCGAAUUCUGGGCAGCUCGGGGGAGUCGGAGCAGGAAGGCCCAGCCGUGGGUUGGCACCGGCAAAAUCCUCUUACACCAGAGCGGGGCCAAGUGGGCCCCGGAGCUGGUGAAAGUGAGAGAUGCUUGGUCCUUUUGACCUCAAGGUCAAGCGCUUUGGGCCAACGUGAGCCUAUGAAAGUCGAAAGCUGCCAUGCCUAAUGGCCACCAGACUGGAAGGCGCCCGCUCUACCAGCUAGCCUCGAUUCUCCUCGCCCACGUUCCACACCAGCCACACGUCCCAGAAAUCCCUGAAAGAAAGGCCUGAAUUCUGAACGAGAAGGAGUGAGCAGAAUCUUCAUCCUCUUGGCGUCUUGGGGCAGCCUCGGCCCACGCAGCCUUGGUUGCUGGUGCAUUUGUUCAUCCUCAAGAGUAGAUCCAACCGCUUAGGGCUCGAGGACCUGGAAUCUCUCACCGCCAUGAGGGGAAGGUCGGCCCCCGCGCUGUUGCCCACCAGGAGCGUCAUUGGAUUUUGGCUCAUUGACUGGAGCAGGGUGAUGAGCGCUUAACACUAAUUAAUCCUGCCAUUUUCCCGGCUUCCUCUCCCACUCCUGGGGAGACUCGGUGACAGUCCUGGAGAAGAUCCCGGUGCAGAAAGGUGGCCCAGAAGGCUGAGGGGUUCGGGUGGAGGGAGCUUACAGAUUCUGGGGAUUUGGGAAAGGGGCCGGUCUGGUCACUGAGCCUCCUUUCAAAAAAAAAUUUCACUUUACUUGAAGAGAGAAUUUUACUGUGUUUUUCUUCUAACCAAUUUUUGUACAUAUAUUAAGAUUAUAUUUAAAGUUUUUAUAUUGUUCUGGUGAGUUGAGUUCCUCUCCAUUGUGAGCACUUUUGUGACUUGCACUGUCCAUCUUGUCUGUGGGACACACACGCACAUAUACAUACACUUCUUACUCGUGGUCACCGCGGCAUCAUGCAGGUGGAACGGAGAGCAUUUGUCAGCGUGAACGUUUUGGGGGAGGUGCCGAGCCUUGAAGCGUCCCGGCCUCCCAGAUGGACAGUUUGCAGCAGUUUACCGGAAAGUUGUCUUAAAACUCCCUCCCUUGGAGAACCGUGGGCUCGGUGGUGAGAACUGCCACCAGAAACCACUCAUCCACGUGGGUUGGUUCUGAAGCUCGAUGGUGUUCUACCUUGAAAACAAAAGCCUCAGUUCGCCCUCCUGACUUCAGGACGGUUUGAGAUGUCACCUUGGGCCAACCUUGUCGCGGCGUCCCCGACACGGGGCCUCGUGUCACCUUGGUGCUUAUGGGAGCCUUGUAGCCCAGCCUGUGGGAAGCCAGUUUCCUCCUGGGGACUGGACCAAGGCUUGCAUUUUUGACACAGCAGUUGGCCAAUGGAAAGGAGGACCCUGUUGCUGUCCCCUACCCACCUGCCCUCGGGCGGCCCCACUGGCU